CUACUAUUUUAAUGUUGAAAGAGGAAGCUGCUGGUUGGAGGAUGAUGAUGAACUCAGCUUGACAGAAACAGGCUGCAUGUUUGUCCCAGCAGAGAGAGAGAGACAGAGAGAGAGAAAGGACGAGCUGCUGCGGAGGGAAAGAAAGAAAGAAAGAGAGAGAGAGAGAGAGAGAGAGACAGGCAGAGAGGAGCGCUGGUCUGCUGUUUUCACGCCUGUUUUGUGGCUGUUUGUUCGGGCUGCUUCUGGAUCUAUCAGCGGGCAGAGAGACGCAGUGAGCCCGGCUGAGCAUGGCUCCGGGUCCGCUGGGAACUUCUCCGUAGAGCCGUGCGGGUCUGGUGCGUUUUGGAGGAGCAGCAGGAGCAGGAGCAGGAGGAGGAGGAGGAAGCUGCCGACUGGAUUAUUACACACACACACACACACACACACACACACACACACACACACACACACACACACACACACACACACACACACACACACACACACACACACAAAAGCCCACCGGACAAAAACAGCCCAGCUCUCCCAGCCUUGUGUUUUUAAAUGUUGGAGGAGGAUCUGGAGGACAGCAGGACGCAACCUGGAGGACUGUAGCGGGAAUAUGAUGAGGCUCCCCGGGCUGACCUGUGCACUGCUGCUGGGAACUUUGUGUGCAGGGCUGAGCCAUGGGGAGGUCGACACCCGUGAGUGUUUGUACUACAACGUCAACUACGAGAUCGAGAAGACCAAUCAGAGCGGAGUGGAGCGCUGCGAGGGCGAGAAGGACAAACGCUCCCACUGCUACGCUUCCUGGAGGAACAACUCAGGAUCCAUCGAGCUGGUGAAGAAAGGAUGCUGGCUGGAUGACUUCAACUGCUACGACCGUCAGGAGUGUGUGGCGACAGAGGACAGUCCUCAAGUCUUCUUCUGCUGCUGUGAAGGAAACUUCUGCAACGAGAGGUUCACACACCUGCCUGAUGCCACCGGACCACUGAUCAAAGCCCCCCCCAGGGUCGGUGUGUUAAACGUGAUGAUUUACUGUCUGCUGCCGGUCACCAUGUUGUCCGUCACUCUGCUCACCGCCGUCUGGAUGUACCGACACCGGAAACCUCCGUACGGACAUGUGGACAUCACUGAGGAUCCUGGUCUUCCGUCUGGUUCCCCCCAGCUGGGGCUCAAGCCGCUGCAGCUGCUGGAGGUGAAGGCUAGGGGGCGCUUCGGCUGCGUCUGGAAGGGCCAGAUGAUGAACCAAUACGUGGCCGUCAAGAUCUUCCCCAUCCAGAACAAGGAGUCGUGGCAGAAUGAGAAAGAUAUAUUCAUCACGCCGGGGAUGAGGCACGAGAACAUCCUGAAGUACAUCGCUGCAGAGAAACGGGGGAAUCACCCGGAGGCUGAACUUUGGAUCAUCACCGAGUUUCAUGAGAGGGGCUCUCUGUGUGACUUCUUGAAGGGAAACAUCAUCAGCUGGUCCGAGCUGUGUCACAUAGCCGAGUCGAUGGUGUGCGGUCUGGCUUACCUGCACGAGGACAUCCCCCGACAGAAAGGAGAGGGACCGAAACCGGCCAUCGCUCACAGGGAUUUUAAGAGUAAGAACAUCAUGCUGCGUUCAGACCUCACAGCAGUGAUCGGAGACUUCGGCCUUGCUGUUCGCUUCGAGCCGGGGAAACCACCGGGAGAGACACACGGACAGGUGGGGACCAGGCGUUACAUGGCCCCUGAGGUUCUGGAAGGAGCCAUCACCUUCCAGCGAGACGCCUUCCUCCGGAUCGACAUGUACGCUGUGGGCCUGGUGCUGUGGGAGCUGGUGACCCGCUGCAAGGCUGUUGAUGGUCCGAUGGACGAGUAUAUGCUGCCGUUUGAGGAGGAGGCCGGUCAGUAUCCGUCACUGGAGGAUCUGCAGGAAGUCGUCGUCCACAAGAAGUUGAGACCGGUGUUCAAAGACCUCUGGCUGAAACACAGCGGUCUGGCUCAUAUCUGUGAGACGAUAGAGGAGUGCUGGGAUCACGAUGCCGAGGCUCGUCUGUCAGCCGGCUGCGUGGAGCAGAGGAUCUCUCAGGCCCGCCGCCUCGCCGCCACCAUCACCCCGCCUACCUCCGACCACAACGCCCCUCUGGUCUCCACCAUUGCACCCGUUCCCAUGGUAACCAAUGUGGACCUACCGCCCAAAGAGUCCAGUAUAUGAUUUUUUUUUUUUUUUUAAAGGAAACUCAACAUGGAAUUAAAUAUUUUGGAGGCCUGACGUUACCCGAGAUUUACCUGAAAAUCGGUUAAAACAGCCGAAUGACACUAAAACAAACACACACACACACACACACACAUCUUCUUCUCUCAGUGGAACUUAAACCAGAAAUACGGCGAGAAAGCAGCUGCUAUUUUAUCUCUUUGGACUUUGGAGGGUUUUUUUAAUCCGUCUUUUAUUUCAUUCUCUCUCUUUUCGUCCAUUUGGACAAAUAUUACCAGCACACGUCCUCGUUUUUCCGCUUGAGUCAUUUGUGUCUUUUUUAACCACAUGUGUGUUUCACAAGAAAACACACAUGUACACACACACACACACACACACACACACACACACACAAACAUCAGUGAGGACUUCCGUUACUUUUGCAGAUUUACUGCUUUGUUCGCUGUCUUCUUCUUCUCCAGAACUGAACUUAAUCUACCUGGCAGCAUCACAGCCGCGUCGCCUAGCAACCAUCUACCAUCAACCUACCGUUGGGACUUUUUUUUUUUACGACAAUGCUGCAAAACCCCGUGUAGGAACGCGAUGACUGUUACACAACCAACAAAUGCCAACAGCAAACUUUUAAAGACGUUAUUUUCUACCUUUUUGAUUUGAUUGUUUUUCUUCUUCUCUGCAAUCACACAUUACUUUCGACACAUGACAAACCUUCGGAUCCAACGGGUUGUAUCCAAAAAGACAGGAAACAGGAAGUGAGGUCAGAAGGAAAUAAGCGAAAAACAAAAACCAGGAAGACUGGACAGUGUUUGUUCCUUUACUCUCUCUUUUUAUUUUUGUGUUCAACUCUUAUAAUUUGAGGUUGAAGACUGAGAGAACUCUCACGGGAUUGGUUGUCAGGAGGCAAAUGUCAUGCAUGCAGAGAUUUGAUUGGCUAUCUGCGCCCAACCACAGCAUUUUGGUUGGCUCGGAAAUAAACUUCUCAGGUAACCAGGUCUACAGGGGUCGGGGGGGUUGAUGAAAUGUGACACCUGCUGCAAGUUUCCAGCCUGGAGGGGGCGGGGCCAACAAUGGGGGGGCUUAUCUGAGGGUGCUUAAAGCCGAUUGGCUGUCCUUAAAUAUGUAAAUUGCAAGGUGCCGAAACACGGGGAACAUUUGUUACCCUGAAAAGGUGCAAGACCUCAUGAUGCAUAUGAGUUAUUUAUGCAUUCAGGUCAGAGUGUAUGUGGCUGUGUGUGAGAGAGUGUGUGUGUGUGUGUGUGUGUGUGUGUGUGUGUGUGUGUGUGUGUGUGUGUGUGUGUGUGUGUGUGUGUGAGUAAGUGCGGUACACAGUUUAAAAAGUCACAUGAUGUGACGUAUGCGUUUCUUUUUUUAGAUUUUAUACUGUUUGUGUUGAUUGUUUCAUAUUUUUGUCUUGUUGUGUAUCACCUGGCUGAAGGUAAGUGAAGGACCUGUGACCUUUGACCUCAGUUCUGUUAGCUUCCAACAUCGCCACCUUCUGGUUGAGCUGCAGAAAUCAAAUUAAAUCCAGAGCUGUGAUGAAUUCUGAUGAAUGUGUAGCUGACAGAUAAAAUGUUUAAAUGAAUGUUUAACUUUUCGUGGAACCAUUAAAAACAGAAACACUCACCGCAGCAGCAAAUGUAGAUUCAUCUGCAGCUCAUGCUCUGUAUUCAUGGUCCUACAGUGAUCGGGUGUUUUAGGAAAUGAUUGAACGGUGGCUGCUUUUAAAGUCUUCCAGUGAGCUCAGAGCUGAGAGACACAGACAGAGCAGUGAAGUCUUACACUUUAAAAUCAACUUCUCUUUCAUCUACAGUAGUCAAUAACACUAUCAGGAAUGGAGCUCAUGUCAUUAAAACUACAAACGCUUUCUAAUGUUUCUGACUUGUGUUUGUUGUUCAAACCUCCACAAACCUUUCUGCAGGUCUAGUUUAAAACUGUUUUUUCUUUUAUGACAGGUUUUACACAUAUUUAUUGGAUAUUAUGGUCAAUAGACUUCAUUUAAAUCCUAGUGUACCUCAUCUUUGAGUUAACGCCUGGUGUCCUCCUGGGUUUGAGAUUCCUGGUUCGAGUCUGUGAAUGAAAUGUAUUAAUUAUAUGAAAAACACAGAAAAACACACAAAUUAUACUUGAUAUUUCUCUGUGCAGUCAAUAAAUAGCCUGUAAUAUCGAUGCUGUGGUUUAGUAACAGGUCAAAGGUCACCGGUCUUCUUCACAUUUACCUUCUGACCUCGCUCUUAUUCCUAUUUUCUUCUUUUUUUUAUUUCUCUUUCUCUUUCACCCUCAACCUGGACCAAAACCGGGUCAGUUCAGACACACACAUACACACACAUACACACAUGCACACAAACACACACACAAACAAACACACACACACACACACACACACACACACACACACACACACACACACACUAAUAACAAUAAGAACUGGAAACAAAAAAAAGGACCUGAACUAUUUUGAGGUUGUUUUUUUUUAAUGAGGUUUUUUUUUUUUAAAUUCGUAUGUGUUUUUGUCCCUUCUGUGAUGCCAUACAUGUAACAGUGAAUGUCUAUGAUGCUGCUGCUGCUGACGAUGAUGAUGAUGAUGAUGAUGAUGAAGAUGAUGAUGAUGAUGAUGAUGAUGAUGAUGAUGAUGAUGAUGAUGAUGAUUCAGACUCAAAGAUGAAUAUAUUUCUGUAUAUUCUUUUUUAUUGUUAAUUAUUCUUUCAGUGUGUCAAACACAGGAAGUCAGUGAAGGGGGGGGGGGGGGGGGGUU